GAAGAUGGCUGGCAGGCCCAGCCUAGAAUAGUAGCAUGACUCAUUCCUGUUCAGGGGCGCCGUCAUUGCUCAAAGGACAGUCCGAGCCAUUUGCCACAUGAGAAGAAGCAUUGUCUUCAGCCUGAUCAUAGGCGCACAUGGGCUGUUAGGUAUGGUUGCUGAACCACACUUGGGAGGCCACACUUGGGUGGGAUUUCACGUCGACCACGACAGCAUACUUUCCGCUUAAAGUUCAGCACCUUGCUGCCCAGUUUGAAGCAUGGCGUCUAGCGAGGAGGACAUGCCGGACCUGGCGGAGGACAGCUCAGGGGAGUCCGAGGACGACGAGAAGCCCGACACUCGGCAGAAGUACCCUGCGCACCAACCUCAAGCCCCUUUCAAUGCCAAGCCCUCAGCACAAGACAAUAAUGCCGACGAUGAUGACGACCUUCCUGAGUUGCUCGAUGGUGGGAGUGAUGAGGAAGAAGACGACGAAGACGAUGACGAGCCCCCCCCGCUGGUGGGCGAGUCUGACGAAGACGAGGACUCCGAUGAUGAGCGGAGCAACGGACGGGGUUACAAUAAGACGAAACCCGAUGGGCCAUCUCUGCCGGGCUUGAAGGCGGGCUUCUUUGCCAAGCCCAAGCCCCCACCCCAGCCUGCCCCCCCGCCUGCGCCAGCUGCCGCUUCGAGACCCUCCCCUGCGCCAGCAGCCGCGCAACCCCAAGGCCCCUCAUCCUUCAGUUUCAAUUCUACUCCGAAAUUUGCGGCCAAGGCGGCCCCCCCGCCUGCUGCCAAAGCUGCGCCCCCGCCGGCGGGGAAGCCCCCACCCAGGCGGAAGGACGGAGAAGUGGAGGAAGCGUCUGAUGGGAAUGACUCGGAAGAGGUGCCGGACCUGUUGGAAGCGGAUGACGAAGACGAGGACUCGGGGUCGGAACCACCCGACAGUGAACCAGAACAGGAGUCAGACGAGGAAGAAGAGCACGCCCGACCAACCUACGGUGCGCAGCGGGGGGGCCCGCGCAGGGGCAGCUUCUACCCCGACUUUGAGUCGGAGGAACGGGCGAUCGAGGAGCGACGGAAGCGGGAAGCAGAACGGAAACGGAAAGAGGAGGAGCGGGCGCGGGAAAGAGCCGAGCGGAAACGGAGAGAACAAGAGGAGAAGAAGCGGCGGCAAGCGGAGGCGAAGAAGCGCCAGAUGGAGGACGCGGCCGUUUACGCAAACUCUCCCGAGGCGCGGGAGUUGGCGGAGCAAGCGCGGCUGCGCGCCGAGGCGGAGAUGGAGGAGAAGCGGCUGCAGAUGGGGCUCGGCCCGCGCGAGAAGACGCUGAACGAGGGCGAGGAAGAAAUUGGGCCGGCGUACUUUUGCCGGGGGACGCACUGCCCCGGGAACCAGCGCAUGCUGACGAAAACACAGGAGUACAUCGAGUUCCGGUGCACGGAGCGGUGUUUGCUGCUGUACCACACGGGGGAUUGUCACCGGAAGGACGUGAAGCUGAAAAUGGAGAGAGAGCACGGGGUGUGGAAGGAGGAAGAAGGGGCGCGCUGCAUCACGCCGGACUGCCCAGGGACGCUCACCAACGGGACCAAGUGGAACAGGUUCGGGAAAGUGUCGUACCAGAUCAUCGACCCCGAGAAGUACGAGAAGAAGCGGCGCGAGAAGGAGCGGCUGCGCGCAGAGGAGAAGGCGGCCAAGCAGGCGGCCAAGGCGGCGGCGGCGUCAAAGCGGUCCAAGAAGCAAGAGAAGCACGACGAGGAGGAGCUGGAAGGCUUCGCAAAGUUCCGGCGGUCCACGAAGAGCCGAACGUUCACGAACUUCAGCUUCCAGGGCGCGACACAGGCCGUCGCCACAGACACAGCCGCAGAGCCGAUCCCGGAGGAAGCCCCGGUAGAAGCGAAGGAGACCAAAGCAGAGGCAGAGGAGGCGCCCAGGAAGAGGGGCAAGAAGAAGAACGCAGAUGGGGGGGCGCCGGUGGUAGAGGCAAAUGGGGGGGCCGGCGGGGCGGGCUCGAGUGGGGGGCACGAGGAGGGCAGCGGGGGAGGGGGAGCGCCGGGCAUCGCGGUACUGGUAAAGGCACCCCUGCGGCCGGUGGCGGAGCGCGAGCUGGAUGACGGGGAGGUGACGGAGUACCGCAAGAAGGAGGACGAGGACAACGUGUUCACGCUGGGGAACAAGGACCGCACCAAGGACAAGGGCAAGCAGAAGGUGGACGCCGUUCCGGAGCCCCCUCCCGCCGCAGCCGCCAAGGGCAAGGGCAAGAAGAAGGGCAUGACGCUGAGCAUCAACGAGGACCGCCGAUGCACGGAACUGCCGAUGCACGGACCGCACAUGCACGGACCCCCCAUGCACGGACCGGUUCCGGUGGUCCACAGGCAGCCCCAAGAGGACUUUCCGGAGCUACACAGGGGCCCUGGCGGGACGGCCACGACUCCAAGCGCCCCUGGGUUCCAAGAGCGGCCCAAAGACCCAUUCUCGCUGGCGCUGGACUCGAUCCGUAUCCGGGAUACGGAGCCGACGCGGCAUCUGGUGCUGGAGGACGUGGACGGUCGUGCGGACGACGAGGAGAUUCGGAGCCUGCUGUGGGAGUAUGGCAUGGUGGAGGAGAUGACGCGCUUCCGGGGCAGGGAAAUUGCGUUCGUCACCAUGAGAACGGUCGAGGAGGCCGCCUCCGCCCGGUUACUGCUGCCCAACAGGAGCCUCAAGAACCGCAAGGUCAAGCUGGACAGCGUCAGCCAGCACCCGUCCCCCUCUUUCUUCGCCAACUACCAGCCCCAGUGGGCCGCUCACGACCUCAUCACCCCCCGGACCAAGCGACCCUCCCCUCUCGCGGCGCCGUUCAUUCCGGGGGGGGCGGGGCCCUCGCACCAGUCUCUCGACGGGUCGGAGCAGUGGGAAGAGUUCGAGUGGAGCGCAACUGGAGAAGACGCAUUUGCCGCCGGCGGCGCGAGCGACUGGGGGAGCGAAGCCCCGGUCGGCAGUUUCGGCAGCUCCGGGGGAGAAUUUGGAUUGCGAGCAGCCGCCGCGAGGGGAAAGAUGAAACCGGACGCACCGGAGUUUGUGCCGAAGUCGGUGCUUUUAGCGCAGACGAAACAGGAACCAAAGAGUGAGGCUAAGGCAGAAGCGAGCGGUUCGAAAGGGGAGAGCAGCGGCGCCGGGUCGAGCAGUGAAAGUGCGAGUUCUGCGAAAGUGGAGGAGGCGAGCAAGCGGCCGGUGUCCGCGCCAAUGGACGAGAGAGAAGCAGUGGCGGGGAUAAACGAGGCGAAGGGAAAAGAGGCUGUGGGGGAAAAGGAGACAGCGGAUCGACCAGGUUCAGCGCCGCUGAGAGCGAGUGACCAAGCGAAAGGAAAGGGGAUUGCUCUGGAGGAAGGGCGGCCGACGUCAGCGCCGAAAACGACGCCGCCGGCGGGCAAGGAUGCCGGCACGGAGGAGCGGCCCACUUCCGCGCCGACCGCGGCCUCACCAAAGCGGAACGGAAUGGCAACGGAAGCGCUCACCGGGGGGGGCUCGUUCUCCAAGAUGGAGUCGGCGAGAGACACACCGGCGGCAGGAACGUCCGGGCGAGAAGCGCUGACGUCAUCAGGGGCGGCCAGAUUGGACUCUGCCAGGGGCGUGCUGGGAUCGGGCGGCGCGAGAAUCGAACCGGGGAGAAGUUUGUUGGGACCGGGAAGUGGUCGGUUGGAGUCAGCGAGAGACCUGCUGGGGUCGGGGGGUGAUACCCGGCCGCGGAGCACGUCCCCAGUGGUGCCGCUGCCUCCGUCCCUGCUAGCGGUGCAGGCGGGGCGGCUGCCGAUGCUGAAUCGGCCGUGCAACUUUGCAAUGGGACAGAUCAUCGCGACAACCACGGAGACGCUGGCGCUGUACCAGGACAGCAUCCGGCUGGACAGGGACCACCUGGUGCAGGGCUGCCAAAUCAUACCGCACGCGUGCGCGCUCUUCCUGUUCAACAUCGAGGAGCUGGAACUGCACGGUUUCUACGAGGCCACCUCCGGGUCGUACCUGCAGUGCCGAGACCCAUACACGGGCAUCAUGUACGGCGUGGAGCAGCCCCACAUCGCGUUCCGUUGCGUGCGCCGCUUCCCCGUCCCCCUCGGCCGCACCGAGAUCGAGCCGCUCCUUCCCCCGGGCUGGUGGAACGCUGACACGUGGCUGCUUCCCCUGGUCCUGCCAGCGCUACAAACCGAGAUGCUGCUGCUCCUAUUUGAGGACAAGGCCGAAUACGAGGAGCGGAAAAAGCGGGGCUUCGCCGAAGAACUAGAGGGGCAGCUGGAGAUUGCGCAGGCCGCGGCGGGGCCCCCUACCCCGCCGCUGCCCUCAGGGAUCCCCCGGCCGACGCCCGCGAAUGCGGUGGUUGCCGCGCAGAGUCCCCCUACGGCAGCACCCAAGGAGGAAGCGCUGUCGGCGUCUGCUGCGGUCCCGGCGACCAUCGCGGCAGCGGCCCGGGGCGCGGCGGAAAAUGGAACCGGAAACAAAGCGGCGAACGGAAUGGUUGAGGAAAUCGGCGAGGGAAGUGGGUCGGCGGGAGCGAAGACCGAGAUUCCAGGUGCCAGCUCGGGGGUGCCGGAAAAAGCGCCCGUGGCGAGUGCGAGCGGUUUGCAAGCAGCCAAGGAAGAUCGGCCGGCAAGCGCAAAGGCCAGCGGAACGGAAGCGCCGAAAGCAGAAGCGAACGGCCGUGUGGCAACCCCCCCGAAAGCGGCGCCGGCGCAGCCCUCCUCUUCCGGCAGCGCCAAGGAGCCCGCCGCUAAGCCAAGUUCGCCCUCCACCCCCCUCUCGCCCCAGCCUUCUCCAUCCCCCCUCCACGAAACCGCAACCAGUGGGCGCGGGGCCCCCGAUGACAUCACCAGCAUUCUGGCUGAGAUCACCUCCGCUGCUUCGGGGUGGGGUGGUGAAAGUCCUACUAUUCAGCCGGCUGCGUCCAUCCCCCCGAAAAGCGCCCCCGGCAACCCCCGGACUCCCCCUCCUGGCGUUCAAACGGAAGAGCGGGUUCCAACCCCCCAGAAACGGGAAGGAGCGCGGCCGGCGAGCGGGACACCGGGGGCGGAAGAGCGCAGCACCUCGCUGCCUACGGAAGGAGGGGGGGCGAGCACAGCGGAGGCGGCGGCGCCCAACAUGCAGUCGAUCCUGGACAUGCUCCUGCCCAAGGCUGCCCCCUCUGCCCCUGCGCCAGCCCCUCCCGUCUCUGCUCCCACCCCCCGCCGGCGUUCGCCCCUACCGACCCCCUGUGAAAUACAACCCCCUGGGACAGGCGCCCCCCUCCUCCAAUGGCCGCGUCUCGACCCCCCCGGCCCGAGAGUCCCCACCCCCCCUGGUCGACGAGCGGACCGCGUGCAAGCUGUGCUGGGUGCGCAAGGCGGACUUCUUCAUCAAGGAGUGCGGCCAUAUGGGCCCGUGCUUGUCCUGUUUUGAGGACCCUCGUAUCAACUCGAACCACUGCCCCCAGUGCCGCCGGAAGAUCGCCACUGGUGACCCGACCAAGUUCAUUCGCAUGUUUAGAUAGCCUUUGCGAGUCGAGGGGAGCGCGCAACGUUUACCAGUGUAUCCUGAACGUAUGGAGUUGACCAUGGCACAAGUAGGAUGUCUACAUAACCGUAUCGAAUGGGCGUAUCCUCGAGCUGGUUACUUCUUGCUGAAACGUGAGUGGAAGAGACUUGUUUGGGGCCAAGAGCAUUUGAUCCAGAGGAAUGGAAGGGAGGAUUCAAAAGUCUUCGUGCGAAGGAGUAGACUCAAGUUCUGGUAGGAUUCGCUAUUGCUGUGUAUGAAGAACAAGCCCUGUGCAUGCAGCACGAGCAGGCAGAUCGUAGAUGGUCGCGCGGUUCUUAGUUUGUAGGACAUUCGAGCAGUCGUUGAGAAUUCCGGUUUGGCAGUAGUGACUGGAAGGAACCAACUUCAAGCUAGACCGGUCCGUUGCCCGACAAUAUAUUGCAAGGUCCCAAUCCAAUGGCAAGACUGACUGCACUUCGCCG